AUGUCGGAAUCUUUACGAGGCCCCACUCAGUCCCUCAACUCCCUCGAGCCUCUGCUCGUGGAACCUCAAAAAAACCAGAGACAGCCCCGUGGUAGCUUUGGUGCAUCGCAAGAUAUUCGCAGCAUGCGCAGCAUGCACCAGUACUCGUUUUCGUAUGUGAAAAUUGUGUUUGUGGUCGCGCUUUUUAUCACCUCGUUGAUCGCGUUCGUGACGCAGACAGAAACCACCGCUUAUUUAUACAACGAGCUGAAAUUCGGAGAACCGAUCUUGCUGUUGCUUAUAACACAUGGGUCCUGGUGGAUCCUGUGGCCCCUACAAUUUACAGGCAUCGCCACAUAUAAGACAUUCAGACGGUAUUUGCGUCAUAAACACGGCUACCAAGACGCCAACGGUAAGCAUUGGAAAGGCAUUAGACGCGCCUUUGCUAGCUCUGUGAAGACCCAGCACAAGAACAUUUUUCACAGCGCAGAGCUGACAAUCAGGGCCAACCAAAAGGGAUACGAAAAGGAGUUCGGACCUCAUAGUUUCAAGCGAUUCUCACAGUUCUUCAAGAGCCAGGCUAUAAAGUAUAUUUUCAAAUCUACCUUGGCCCUCUCUGUCAUCUUAAACGCGGCGGGAAUUACUUGGUACAUUUCUAUGGGGAUGUCCACCGGUUCAGACGUGACUGCCAUUUACAACUGCAGCGCUUUCACAGCGUACAUGUUUGCCAUACCUAUCUUAGGAGAAAAAUUCUCUCUCAUAAAGCUGGGCUCGGUGGUGCUGGCCAUUGCCGGAGUCAUGGUUGUUGCAUAUUCGGGGAAGGACCAGGAUGCCGGAAACUACCCACAUAGACUCCAGGGAGACAUCAUAAUUCUUAUUGGCGCCAUUCUCUACGGCCUGUACGAGGUUAUGUACAAGAAGAAAUGCUGUCCUCCGUCUAGCGAGGUCAGCGCCAGAAGACAGGCCACCUUCUCAAACUUUACAAUGUGCCUCAUAGGAAUCAGCACCAUCAUAGUGGUCAUUGUUCCAGUCGCCAUAGUGCAGCUUCUGGGAUGGCACAGGUUCGAGUUCCCUGCCUCAAAAGCCCAAUGGUUGUACAUUUUCCUGUCGACCAUCUCGAAUCUCAUUUUCAGCGUCUCAUUUCUUGCACUUAUGGCGCUGACAUCGCCGGUGUUCUCAUCGGUUGCGUCUCUGGUUACCAUCCUGCUCGUUGGAGUAGUGGAGUGGCUCCUCUGGGGAAUCGAAAUCAGUUUUCCGCAGAUGCUGGGUUACCUGCUUGUGGUGGGCGGAUUCGGACUGCUUACGUAUGCAUCAUGGAACGAGAUCAGUGAAGAGGACACCGCUGACGAGCUCAUCGACACGGACACCGAGUCUGUGAUGAGUACUAGCUGA